UGCGUAUGCGCAGAAGGAACACGUCGGAAACGGGCUUCUACUGCGCAGGCGUCGAGGCCUUGGGGGCGAGGCUUGGGGCGCCGCGGUGCGCAGGCGCAGCCGUCGGUGGGUUGGGGCUUCGGUCGUCUGAGAGUGGGCGUCGUCGCCGUCCCAGCGUGAGCGCGUGUUGGCACUGGGUCCCGUCGCCAGGAAGAUUUUCCGUCUGAGGCUGAAGGUGGGAGCGUCAGGUGAAGGAGGAGCUACCUGUCGCCUGCUGUGCACCCUCGGGGUCCCCUUGCCUCCUCUGAGCAGCUGCUUUCCUCAGAUAGUGAGACCAUGUUUCCAGAAAACAAUGGACCGAAACUGAGGAACGACGCCCAAGGUUGACCUCUGCCUGCUACACAUAUGCAGAUGCUACACACGUAUGCCCAUGCAACAUACAAAUUCUGAGUGAGCCUACAUCCCCUCAGGCCUUGAGAUGGACAACAGGAAGCGCCUGGCCUUUGCCAUUGUUCACUUCCUGCAGGAGCAGCUGCGGUGUGGUGGGCUCUCAUCUGAUGCCCAGGAGAGCUUGGAGGUUGCCAUCCAGUGUCUGGAGACGGCCUUUGGAGUGACAGUAGACGACAGUGACCUUGCUCUCCCCCAGACGCUGCCGGAGAUAUUUGAGGCAGCUGCUGCAGGGAAGGAGAGGCCACAGGUCUUUCAGGGCCCUGACCGGACACCGCCUCCCGAGGAGGACUUGGCAGAAGCAGAGCGGCUCAAAACUGAAGGGAAUGAGCAGAUGAAGCUGGAGAACUUCGAGGCAGCUGUGCAUCUGUAUGGCAAAGCCAUUGAGCUCAACCCUGCCAACGCCGUCUACUUCUGUAACAGAGCUGCGGCCUAUAGCAAGCUGGGCAACUAUGUGGGCGCUGUGCAGGACUGCGAACGGGCCAUCGGCAUUGACCCUGGCUACAGCAAGGCCUAUGGCCGCAUGGGCCUGGCACUGUCCAGCUUGAACAAGCAUGCGGAAGCUGUGGCAUACUAUAAGAAAGCGCUGGAACUCGACCCCGACAAUGACACGUACAAGUCCAACCUCAAGAUCGCGGAGCUGAAGCUGCGGGAGGCACCGAGUCCUACGGGUGGCGUAGGUGGCUUGGACAUAGCGGGCCUGCUAAACCAUCCCAACUUUAUAACCAUGGCUUCAAAUCUAAUGAACAAUCCCCAACUUCAGCAGCUCAUGUCCGGUAUGAUCUCAGGCAGCCACAACCCCAUGGGCACUCCAGGCAGCUCCUCACAGAGUGACCUGGCCAGCCUCAUCCAGGCGGGCCAGCAGUUUGCUCAGCAGAUGCAGCAGCAGAACCCAGAGUUCAUUGAGCAGAUCCGAAGUCACAUAGGGCGCAGCCGGACGCCCAGCGCCAGCAACGAUGAGCAGCAGGAGUGAUGGCGGUGACCAGUGUGACCCCGUUCUUCUGGCCACUAAGGUUCCUGCCAUUUGAACAUCUCCGCCGGGCUGCCCGAGAGAGUGGAAGUGGGCCUGCAUGUUAGACGGACUCCUCCCCCCUUCUCUCCUUCGUCCGUCCUCCCCCCUCCCAUUUCGUGUCUUACCAGCCCUCAGACCCUCCUGGAACAAAGAGCCAGCUGGACACUACCAGCACCCUGUCCCACCCUCCCUGGGCCACCUCUUGCCACCAGGGACUUGGCUGGGGGUCAAGGAUGGCAGGUGACACAUGGGCCUCAUGUCCAUCCUCCCAGACUCAUCCUGAGGACUGUGCAGAGUGGAUCCCCCAGCCCCAUGGGAAGCAUCCACUGCCAGCCCCAGCUGUGCCCCUGCAUCUCACGCUGUGAUCUGACCAUGAACUUGGGUUUCAGGUCCUGGUGGGUGUCCCUUGUCUGCUGGAUAGGAUUACCUAGGCCCUGAUGGAGUGUGGGCCGUGAUUUCUGCCCAGCGUGUGGACCAGUGAUGUCUCUUCCCUGCCUCCCUCCCUGUCCUCAGCCAUGGGACCCAAGUUUUGUGUCCAGUCUGGCUCUGCCCUCAUCCUUGGGCACAGGGAUACUGGGACAUCCUGGCCCAUCCAUGUUCCCCAGCAGUCCUUGAUCCCACAUGUGUCCCAACAGGCCCAGGGUCCCCAGCAGGGCAUUUCAGGGUGGUGCCCUUCCCGCCCAGGGCCAUCACCUCAGUUCUAAAACAGUCACCAGAGCCUUUUUUUGGUCAGGGCCUAGUGAACGAGGCCACCAUGAUGUCCCCACUCCACUCAGGGUUCUGGGGGCUGCAGGGGUCACAGGACAGUGGGACUGGCCAUGGGUUGUGUUGUCAGGGCUGUGAGGUGGGUAGCGCAGAGCCAUGUGUGUUGUAGGUAGCCAGUAGCAAGAUGGGCCCGGCGGCCAACGUCGCCUGCACAGGCGGCAACUGUGUCCAGUGUGCACAGCGUGGGGAAUAAAUGGACGUGACCUCA